AUGGCCGACCGGGAUCCUGUUCUUGAGGAGGUGUCGAACGCUGCUGACUUCCUCGUUUACCCCCUGAGUGAUCAGGCAGUACCACAAGCCCCAUACGACCCGGAAGAAGGCAUAGUUACCUGUGUGGUUCACGCCAUCAAUGUAUGCCGAGGAAUGCUGGCCCACGAACACGUUCGGUCUGCUUUCAUAGAGCUCGUCAGACAAUACUGCCAAACGACAGAGAGAGUCUGGUUCCUUCAAGGUCCGAUGACCGAGGAGAAACUGGAGGAGAUGACGGAUACCUUCCUCAAAAAAGUCCUUGAUAAGUUCCCAUUGAUAUUUCUCGACCACAGCUUGUACAACCCGGACUCUUUGUCAACCCAUUGUAGACACGCAUGGGAUGGGGAGUUUAAAACCUCGGACCAGGCCAUCGUACUCAAUGGACAGAACCUGGCCCAAAUGUUCACCUUAAGAGUCAUCGCAGACCCAAGCGAUCCGAACGAUUUCGCGAGCAGGGAUUACAGAAACUACUUGUUCAUAACCGCAACCUCCAUCUUCCACGAGAUCGGUCAUGUCUUUUUCACGUAUCUUCUGAAAGGUGUAGAGGGUACUGAUACUCCACCCCAGACGAAGGCCUACGUGGUUGGACACGAGAAAAAGACCGAAGGCGAAUCUGGCAGCAGCCUGGAACAAAUGGUUUUCGGCGGUGUCGUGUACCUUUACCGCGACCGCGACCGCCAGACUCCCGUUGAUGCCGUACGUGCAGAUAUCGUCGUUCUGGUCCAAGGCCAGUCUUUUGGGACCCUAGCUGAUUGCGGCACGCCUUUCCUACUCACUGAGACCGGCUGGUAUCAAAUCUCGCAGGACACAAUCGAAAACACUAUCAAAUGCAGCCGGCUCUCUCUCGCACCCUCUAGUAAUAACGCCUUUCUAUCAGAUUUUACAUUCCCCUUUGGUCACAGCGACAUUGCAGAGGAUCACACCACACUGAAGUCAAAGGGACACGAUAUGCCUGAUUAUCCUGGCUUGGACCCACAAGCACACAGCGAGUGGCCAAACGUCAAGGUUGACUAUUAG